CCAGUUGUAAUUUUGUAAUUAAAAUCAAAUUUUGCAUUCUUCAUAGGAUUCUUCUAAAAAAAUGGCAAGAAUACAAGCAUUUUGUAUCUUCAUGUUCCUCUGGGCAUCAAUGGGAGAGGCACGGUAUUUCAAAUACCGAGAUCCAAAGCAGCCAUUGGCAGCACGCAUCCAAGACUUGCUGGGAAGAAUGAGUCUUGAAGAAAAGAUUGGCCAAAUGACACAAAUUGAGAGGCAGGUGGCGACUCCUCAAAUCCUACAAGAUUAUUACAUCGGUAGCAUACUUAGUGGCGGGGGCAGCGUGCCUCGACUCAUGGCGAAGCCGGAGGAAUGGGUGAACAUGGUCAAUGAGUUUCAAAAGGGCAGCCUUUCGACGCGUCUAGGAAUUCCGAUGAUUUAUGGAAUUGAUGCGGUUCAUGGCCAUAACAAUGUCUACAAUGCGACGAUAUUCCCCCACAAUGUUGGGUUGGGAGCUACCAGGGAUCCUAAACUUGUUAAGAAAAUUGGAGCAGCUACAGCAAUAGAAGUAAGGGCAACAGGCAUCCCAUACGUGUUUGCACCAUGUAUUGCUGUCUGCAGGGAUCCAAGAUGGGGUCGAUGCUAUGAAAGUUUCAGUGAAGACCCCUCAAUUGUUAGAGAAAUGACAGAAAUUAUUCCUGGACUUCAAGGAGAUAUUCCACAUAAUAAUCUCAAGGGUUUUCCCCACGUCUCAGGACCGAAAAAAGUCGCGGCAUGCGCUAAGCAUUUUGUUGGCGAUGGCGGGACGCAAAGAGGAAUCGAUGAGAACAACACGAUCAUCAGUAAACAGGGCUUGCUUAACAUUCAUAUGCCGGGUUACCACGACUCUGUCAUCAAGGGUGUUGCCACCAUCAUGAUUUCUUACUCCAGCUGGAACGGGAAAAAAAUGCAUGCUAACCGCGAACUCAUUACAGGCUUCCUUAAGAACACGCUUAAAUUCAGGGGUUUUGUGAUAUCAGAUUGGGAGGGUAUUGACAGAAUCACCUCACCACCCCACGCUAAUUACACAUACUCAGUAGAAGCAUCAAUCAACGCUGGCAUCGACAUGGUAAUGGUUCCUAAUGACUACCCAAGCUUCAUUGGCAACCUGACUGAUCUUGUGAAGAAAAAUGUCAUUUCGAUGAACAGAAUAGAUGAUGCUGUAAGAAGGAUCUUGCGGGUCAAGUUUUCUAUGGGUCUAUUUGAGAAUCCCUAUGGCGACCUUAGCUUAGCGGAUCAGCUCGGGAAGAAGAAACACAGGAAAUUGGCAAGAGAAGCUGUAAGAAAAUCCCUCGUGCUUCUAAAAAAUGGAAAAUCUCCUGAAGAAACAAUAAUUCCUCUUCCGAAGAGAGAUUCGAUGAUCCUUGUUGCAGGGAGUCAUGCUCAUGACAUAGGGCUUCAGUGUGGAGGGUGGACAACAAACUGGCAAGGACAGUCUGGGAAUAUCACUGUUGGAACAACAAUCCUAGAGGCAAUAAAAUCGACAAUACACUCUGACAGUAAAGUAAUCUACUCCGAGUUUCCAAGUGCUAGCUUCAUCCAAGAAAAUGACUUCUCCUACGCAAUAGUGGUGGUGGGAGAAUAUCCCUAUGCGGAAUAUUACGGCGACAACGCUAAUCUAACGCUUCCUGAUCCCGGUCCUAGUAUCAUUGAGAAUGUUUGUGGGUCCAUUAAGUGCGUUGUUAUCAUCAUCUCAGGCAGGCCUUUGGUGAUUGAGCCAUAUGUCCCACUGGUUGAUGCUCUUGUUGCCGCUUGGCUCCCUGGAACUGAAGGAAAAGGUGUUGCAGAUGUGCUCUUUGGAGACCAUGGAUUCACUGGAAAGCUCCCAAGAACCUGGUUCAAGUCUGUGGAUCAGCUCCCUAUGAAUGUUGGCGAUGAACACUAUGAUCCAUUGUUCCCCUUUGGUUUUGGCCUAACAACAGAACCAACCAAGGCCUAAUGUGUUACAAAUUCAUGUUUUUUCUUGCAUAUUUACAUGAUCCUCCUAUGAAGCAGGAGGUGAUUUUUUUUUUUUCUUUCUACUUUGUCUAAAUAUUAUGUUAUUUGAUCAUAUGUAUUGUUUAACUGAGAAAAAAAAAGUUCAUUUUUUGGUGCUUUCUUCUAAUUCCUGAAAUAUUGGUUUUAGUUCGCACAUUAUGCAAAAUGAGAUCUUACUAGCACUUUAUGUGCAAUAAGAACAGCAGAUAUUAUUCUAAUCAAUGUCCAUUGAAGUAAGAAAAAUG